AUGGAGAUACCUACUGUUGAAAGAGUGGUGCGUGUGAAGACACAACAGGUGAUUAUCCCAGAAAUUCCAUUGAUUGAUGGGUUGCCAAUAAGACGAUGGGCGGUUGAAAUUUGGGUAUUAAAUGAAAGUGGGGAGGAGAUUGAAGCAGACCUAUUUGAAUCCUGUACGUAUAUUUUACACCCUUCAUUUGAACAGCCUAAAAGGAAAGUUAGGCUCGUUCCAUUUCGAUUGGAUGAGCAAGGAUGGGGGCAGUUUGAAAUGAAGAUUGUUGCGCGGUUUAUAAAAGAUGGAGGUAAGGUGGUAUUUAAGCAUGAUUUAGUAUUUGACCAGGCUGCAUAUGCGUCUGAUUUCAAGAUCCGUGUUCCUUACCAUAUUGAAGAAUUGCGGGAAGUGCUUUUACAGAGCGGACCGGUUCUGCAGUUUAACUACGAGGAUCAAGAAUCUCAUCCUAUUAGGAUUAAAAUUCCUCAAAUUGUGAAUUCAUUAGCCGUAGCUAAUGAAGAGACUAUUAAUAAAGUGCUAAGAGCAAUUGUGUCUUAUCCGGGGGUAAAAGAAGCCUUAUUGAAACGUCGUAGCAGAUCCGAAGAAUUCGUCUUACAUUUAGGCCAAUUGCCAAAUACCGUUUUAGAAACUAUAUAUAAUAUCACACAGAGACAGUAA